UUUCGUACAAGUCAUAGUUAAGCCAUAAAUCAAGUGUUCCGCCCAUAUAGAAUGACCCGGUAUAUGCCGGACACAUAUGUAUGUUGUGAAACGUGUGUUGAACGCUGGAAUUUGUUUUUUGAAAAUGUGGUGAGAGACGUGGUUUAUUAUCAGUAUCAGUUACGGGUAUAUAUUUCUGCCAUUGUAAUGGAAUACCUACCCGAAGAAAAGGACUGGUUGGAUAAAAAGGAGGAAAUUAUAGCUGCUACUGCGAUAUUGUUUGCGCUACUGUACGAAUCCAGAGAGUACUGGGUUCAUCCAAUAAACCAGUCUAGGCAAGAACAUGGUGCAUUUCAUGUUCUGUGGCCCGAAUUUAGCAUUGACGACGAAAGGUGUAAAAUGGAUAUAAAGAUGACCAAGAAGGAAUUUGACAUACUUUAUGAUUUAUUAGAAACGAAAUUAAAGAAGCAAAACACAUAUUUCAGAGAGGCAAUAUCUCCAGAGGAAAGACUUUUAUUGACUUGAAGGUAG